UUCAAAUAUACCAUGAUUCACUGAGCAGAGUUUAUCCAAGCUGCGUAUAACGCCCUGCACGCUCUUUUUAAUACUCAUCUAAAUAUAGAUCGGUAUGAUUAGAGAAGAUGGAUACAAUGAAGAAUAUAGUUAUGACAGGAUGACUACUUUGGAACAAGGAAUACAAGAGAAUAAGAAGUACCAUGCAGAUCUGAAAUUGCCUAACAAGUUACAUCCAUGUGUUAAGUACAAAACCUGGAUGUUUUCUCUUCUGAUUGGGAGUUGUCUUCUUGCAACGUCUGGGUUUUCACUUUACUUAGGAAAUGUGUUCCCUUCUGAAAUGGACUAUUUGAGGUGUGCUGCAGGAUCUUGUAUACCUUCCGCUGUUGUAAGUUUUGCAGUGUUGAAAAACAAGGAGAAUGUGGUCUCUCAUUUUCAGAUAUUGCAUGUAUCAACAUUUUCUAUUACUACUACAUGCCUAAUAUGGUAUGGCUGCAAGCUUGCAAUUAAUCCAACAGCAAUUAAUAUAAAUUUCAACUUGAUGCUCCUCAUUUUGAUGGAAAUUUUGAUGGCAACUACAGUGAUAAUUUCUGCAAGGUCACGGGUGGACUGCUGCCCUGAGAAAAGAGGUACAACCUGUGGUAGCUCAAAAAAUCUAAGACAUGUGCAGUUUCCUGCAAGGAUGAUGAAGUUUUUCUCUAUUGUCGAGGUGGUGGUUGGAAUGUCUGCAGUAUUUGGCGGUGUUAUUGCGUUACAUGUCGAUGCGCUCCUACACAGUCCUUAUUUGUAUGUCUCCAUCUUUUGGGUAUUAGCAGCUUGUUUCCCAUGUGCAAUUGCCAGCCAUGUUGCAGCAGAAUUUCCAAGCCAGUGUUUGGUUGAAGUUCUGAUCGCUACCAGCAGUAUUACAGCUCCAUUAUUAUAUACAACUUCAUCUUACUUGUCUAUUUAUGUCAUACAGACAGUCGUCAUUUUUAAAACAUAUCCACCCGAUGUAACGCACUUCUAUGAAAUACUGCUGUUGCUCCUGAUGCUGAUUCUGCUGGUCCAAGCUGUGCUCACAAAUAUCACGGUCAUACAGUGUGUUCAUUAUAAAUCACAAAUGAGAGUACUGGAUUCCUGCUUGAAUGUACCGUAUGUGGACAAGAAUGAUCACAGAAAUAAUGAUGAGCUGAACCCUAAUCAAACUUUGUGCUGUUCUGUUUGUAGCUGCCAAUGCCUGGAUGCAGCAUGGCUAUAAAUGAGGU